CGAGGAGCCUCCUCCAGCUCAUCAGGUCCGCAACAGUAACGAACAAGACCUUAGUGAGCUGCUGAGGGGUGCUUCGAGCUGAACUUCCCCGUCCGCCUCCCUCCUCUGUCCGCCAUCCUCCUCUGGUCUGAGAUCACCUUCCCUGCCUCUUCUCACUCAUCAUGCUGUCGGAGCUCAACCACACGCGUCGGAGGGGGCAUGAGUCUGACAAGGAGGGGAGGACACGACACCGCCAGGAGAUAAGGAACAGCUCCACGCGGGCCAGCAAGGCCAACACCCCCAACAACACCCGAACCUUCUCCAAGUACCUGCCCCCUCGUGCAGACGGUGACACGACAGAGCCCCUGGAACUGCAGUCGCCUGUACUGGCCAAAAACGGCCUCAAGUAUGGGCUGGGGAGGGGGGCCAAGGCAGGUGCGAGCGCGACGGCCACACACUUGGCAGAGAGGGGUACGGCUGGGGCGGUGUCGCGUGCAUUGGCGUUCAAUCGAGAUGACCGCCGUGUGCGAGAACAGAAGGACACCAAGGAACGUGUCAAGGUACUGGCUGACUUCUGCUGCCGCAUUCAUUGCCACGCGAAGGAGGGCGCUGUCUCGUUGUCUUCAGGUGCGUCAAGCGAAUGCAAGCGUGGAGACAGCUCCGUACGACGUCACUGUGGACCAGGAUGACACCAACACUCCUAACAAUCGUCCCUUGGGUCUCCUGUCCACGUUCGGCAUGGCGCACCUGGGUCAGCAACUGUCGAGUCUCGCCAUCCAAACGCGAGGCGAGGCCCGCAAGAACGACAUCCUCUCCCGCGCAUCCCGGACCAUCAACGGAGCUGACACUAGCAAGACGCGCUCGGCGGCGUUGAAGAUAGAGGAGUUGCUCAACUCCACCCUCGACCGCCCAGACACACUGGUCGACGGGGCGCUUCUCGACACGAAGAGGAACCGCACAGGGGCAUCGCGCGACGACAUCGACGCGUGCGUGAUUCAGCCGCCCGCGUCGGUGAUCCGUCGACGGGAGAAGCUGGACAACUUCUCUGUGGGAAUGCCGCACCUGACUGCCAGGGGGGCGUGGCUCGAGCCGGGUGCCCUGCCACUGGCGCUGAGGAAUGCCGUCAACUUCCUCAGUGGGACGCCCUUCCCUAGGACCAAGUUCCCCAGUCCCAAGGGCUCUUUGGCCCCUGCAGAGGAGCCUAAGACGUCUCUGGUGCCCUCGGACGUGCCUGGCAUCCCCAUGAAUGGGAGAGGCUUCCACCGAAGGCUCACCGUCGUCCUGGGUAAGUCAGCGCCUGAACAGGCACACGUCGCUGACUGCAAGAGAGACAUGGACCUCGGCCCGUCUGUUUGUGUGUUCAGAUUUGGAUGAAACGCUAAUGCACUGCAAGUCGGAGCCGAUGAAUCGGGAGGCCGAUGUCACGGUCCGGUUUGAGGACUCGAGCAACGUGGUGGGUCGGUGCCGGAGGAGACAUGUCUGGAUCGACCACAUUGCGUGUCUAUCGAUCUGUCUGUCUGUCUGUCUCUUUUGUCAGGGUCAUGUGUAUUUCCGUCCGGAGGUGAGGAGUUUCCUCAGAAAGGUCUCGCAGCUAUACGAGUUGGUAAUCUUCACCGCCAGCACGCAGUCGUACGCUGACCAGGUGAGACAGGACACGUGUUCUCGAUGAAUCGAUGGAUGGAUGGAUGACCCUGAAGUGCAUAUCUUUGUGUGUGCAGGUGAUCGGUUUCCUUGACCCCAAUCGUGAGUGGGUCAAGAACCGGUUGUACCGCCACCACUGCACCGAGGUGAGUGGUGGAUACGUCAAGGACCUACGCAUCUUCAACCGACCGCUCGACCGAGUGGUGCUCGUCGACAACUCGCCCAUCAGGUCAACAGACACUCACACAGACAGAGAGGCCUCUCCUCUCUUACGAAUGUUGUCUCUUUGCGUUCAGUCUGGCUUUUCAGCCGGACAACGGACUGUUGAUCAACAGCUGGCUGGGCGACCAGGACGACAGAGAACUCGAUGAACUUGAGAAUGAACUGCAGGCAUGACCAGACCACCCAUCCAUACUACAGACGCGCAAAUGUCCCCACGUUUGUGUCUCUUUGUGUGCUGUGCCAGUUGUUGGACGACCAUGGCGAUGUGCGUCGGUAUCUGGAGACCCGUUACGGCUUCAAGCAGUGGAUCAACGGCUUCAGACAAAACCUGGAACCGAUCGCCCAGAUCAACUGACAGACCACACAGGCGUACGAUGAAGACAGCGAGAGAAAGGAGAACGCCCAUUCACGCGGCUGUGUGCAUUGUUUAUUCAGGCUGGUUGGCUUGGUGGUUGGUUGUGCAUGCGUGUCUCGUCCGCCAGACCGAGAGAAUAGCACUGCCGUCGGCCGAUAUCGCUCCCCGUGUCCCUCCGACCCCUCCGUGUGCAUACACACACAUGCUUCUGAGCAGCUCGCUUGCGUGUCAAAGCCGUGGACACUAGGCAAUU